CAAACACACAGAAAGAGUUUGCCAAACGAGUUUGCCUCAGUUAAACUUUGUCAUUGAACGGCUGCUCAUCGAUAUGCGAUCAUCUUUCAUCCUUUUGUUUCUCCACCUGUGGGGGAACGUGGAAGUUUGUUUAUCACAGAAUGCAAUAAAAUGUAGACUCACUGCAAUGGAAGGAACCAGGUAUGAACCUGCUGAUAGAAAUGAGUUUUCACCUGGUGAAACGCUGACAGUCUAUUGUGCAAGGACAUCCUGGAUUUCUUCCCCUCAGGAAACCUCCAUAGUAACUACAUGCGAAGAGAAUGGACAGUGGUCUAUCAGUCCGACAUGCAAAGAGGUGACAUGCAUCGGACGAAAACCAGAAAAUGUGAACUACUGGGGUGUGAGUUCUUGGAGAGCCACGAAAUUGGAUGAGACUAUAAGUUAUUCGUGUCAGGAAGGCUACAAAACUUCAGCUGUUAACAAACGGGCCAAAUGCACCAGAAAUGGGUGGACGCCAAAUCCACCUUGUGAAGUAAUGACAUGCAGAAAAGAGAAUAUCCCGGAUGCAGUUAUUGUCGGCACUGACAAGGAAAUAUACAGAAACAGGGAAAAAGUCAUUUAUGCCUGCGGCGAAGGUGGUCGGGGAAGAAUAACUCUCACCUGUGGAGCAGACGGUUGGACCGGGAGCAAAGAAUGUGAAGCAAUAAAAUGUAGACUCACUGCAAUGGAAGGAACCAGGUAUGAACCUGCUGAUAGAAAUGAGUUUUCACCUGGUGAAACGCUGACAGUCUAUUGUGCAAGGACAUCCUGGAUUUCUUCCCCUCAGGAAACCUCCAUAGUAACUACAUGCGAAGAGAAUGGACAGUGGUCUAUCAGUCCGACAUGCAAAGAGGUGACAUGCAUCGGCCGAAAACCAGAAAAUGUGAACUACUGGGGUGUGAGUUCUUGGAGAGCCACGAAAUUGGAUGAGACUAUAAGUUAUUCGUGUCAGGAAGGCUACAAGACUUCAGCUGUUAACAAACGGGCCAAAUGCACCAGAAAUGGGUGGACGCCAAAUCCACCUUGUGAAGUAAUGACAUGCAGAAAAGAGAAUAUCCCGGAUGCAGUUAUUGUCGGCACUGACAAGGAAAUAUACAGAAACAGGGAAAAAGUCAUUUAUGCCUGCGGCGAAGGUGGUCGGGGAAGAAUAACUCUCACCUGUGGAGCAGACGGUUGGACCGGGAGCAAAGAAUGUGAAGCAAUAAAAUGUAGACUCACUGCAAUGGAAGGAACCAGGUAUGAACCUGCUGAUAGAAAUGAGUUUUCACCUGGUGAAACGCUGACAGUCUAUUGUGCAAGGACAUCCUGGAUUUCUUCCCCUCAGGAAACCUCCAUAGUAACUACAUGCGAAGAGAAUGGACAGUGGUCUAUCAGUCCGACAUGCAAAGAGGUGACAUGCAUCGGCCGAAAACCAGAAAAUGUGAACUACUGGGGUGUGAGUUCUUGGAGAGCCACGAAAUUGGAUGAGACUAUAAGUUAUUCGUGUCAGGAAGGCUACAAGACUUCAGCUGUUAACAAACGGGCCAAAUGCACCAGAAAUGGGUGGACGCCAAAUCCACCUUGUGAAGUAAUAACAUGCAGAAAAGAGAAUAUCCCGGAUGCAGUUAUUGUCGGCACUGACAAGGAAAUAUACAGAAACAGGGAAAAAGUCAUUUAUGCCUGCGGCGAAGGUGGUCGGGGAAGAAUAACUCUCACCUGUGGAGCAGACGGUUGGACCGGGAGCAAAGAAUGUGAAGUAUUCUGUGACAAGCUUGAAGAUAUUACCAUCACCUUCACUGCAAACAAAGAGAAAUACAUGGAUGGGGAAAACAUACAUUUUAAAUGUGUCGUCGAUGGCGCUGAAGGCACGGCAACAUGUAACAAUACCAAGUGGGUUAAAUCACUAAAAUGUACAGUUCAGCCAUGUGAAGGUUCUGCUGAAAUUCCCAAUGGUCGUUUUCAAGUUAUCGAGGGGGAAGAGUUAGUUUUUGGAACAAAAAUCAAAUACUUUUGUAAUAAAGGGUAUAAAAUGACGAGUAAGGAGACCACAAGGAUUUGUACGCUGGACGGAUGGAGCAAUCACGUGCCAACAUGUGAACCUGUGAGCUGUGACCCUCCAACUGCUGAUGGACGGUUAAUAGUAAAAGGUUUACCAAAUAAUGACAAUCCCAUUCUCCCUCGCUACUCCAUCGACUUCAGCUGUAGUGAUCCUGGGAGUAAUCUGAUUGGCAGUGAACAUCUGGUUUGUGGUGAAGAUGGACAGUGGGAUGAUCAAUUCCCUUCUUGUGAAGAAAUCACUUGUGAAGUUGGAGUGAUGCCCCCUCAUGUCGAUGCAGUGGGACUUCCACCAGGAAAUAAUACAGUCAAGGCUGGACAUAAAUUACAGUUUCAAUGUGACAAUAGACGUCCAGUAUACGGGCCUGCAGAAAUUGAAUGUUUGAAAACCGGGGAGUGGAGUGCUGGCUAUCCAACUUGCGAUGACGCAUGCACAGUGAAAGAUGUGUCAAACACCGUACGCAUGACUCCAAGGUUUUUAACAAACAAUCAACUGAUAAAAGGACAGAAGUUGCGUUUUGAAUGCACAAAUCCUAGAGACACCCUUCGAGGAAAUGCAGAGGUUGCAUGUCUAGCAAACGGACAGUGGAGUCAUGACUUCCCAACAUGUGGAGCUCCUUUAGCUUGUGGAGCCCCACCACUCCUUGUAGAUGGAGACAUCAAGACCAGUCUUAAAAACGAAUACAGCCAUGGAGAGAGGGUCGAAUACGGAUGUCAGAAUUUAUACACUAUGGAAGGUGGGCCUCACAAAACCUGCAACAAUGGUGAAUGGACUGGAUCGAUGACCUGUCUCAAACCCUGCACUGCCAAUGAACACAUCAUGGCGAGCAACAAUAUUAGAUUAAGAUAUUUACAACAAGGGAAGCUGUAUUCAUCCCAUAAUGAUUUCAUUGAGUUCAUUUGUACCAGAGGAAGACCUGUCGGCAGAGUGGGGAUGCGUCAAAGGUGUGUUAAUGGUCAGAUGAACUUCCCUACUUGCGAGUGAAAGCUUUUAAUCAACUGUCUUUAAUAAACAUGAGCUGGCUGGACAAACAUGUUAAUGAUUAACCAGAGUAAACACUUAGACCAGUUAUGUCCUGAUCCAGUGUCCAUACUUUUCUGCUGCGUGUUGUCAUAUGAAUAAAACAUACAA